CCGUUUUUCUUUGGACCAGAUUUUUUCCCGUUUGGGCCUGAUCCCCCAGGCACCAAGGAGUAUAAAUUAAUUCUUGAGUUCUUCAACGAGGCAUUCACAUUAAUUCAAAAUGUCAGAGAAUUCAAAGAUUUUGUGAAGACCAAGCUGGAAAUGGAUGACGAGGAAAACAGCACUAAACCCCCUAGAAAGCAAAACUAUUAUCCAACCCAAAUGGACAAGGAAUCCGGGAAAACCAAUAUGGAAAUGAACGGGAAUAUGAUCACUACUGAAUCCUUUGUUAAAUCAAACAAAUACCCAACUAAUAUGGCCAAAGAUCUGAAAAUGAGCAGAUUAAGAUACUUGAUGCAUCAAAAUAGAAAAUCCAGAGAUCCUUUAAAACUUGUAAAUUAUCAUAACCCUUACAAUCGGUUCCGGGGUUUUGAGGAUAACGUUUUAAAACAAAAACACAAAUAUGGAGACCAACUCGACCAACCAAAGACAAAUUUUUCAAGUAACCAUCCCAAUAACAUGAUUCGGAAAAACUUGAUCAGAAAUUCGAGAAAAAAUAUGGAGAAUACAAAACUAAAUUCUGAUCUUCCAAAUGUUUAUCAUUUUCAAAAUGAUAUACUAAAUGAUCACAAUAAAACGAUUGUUCUUCCAAAUAUAAAUCUAUAUCAUAAUAAUACUCCAAGCUAUCACACUGAUAUUAUUGAUGUUCCAAGUAAUCACUAUGAUAUUCUUAAUGGUGUAAAUGAAAAUGCUCUUGAAACAUCUGAAGAACUAGUGAAUGAUUGGAAAGGUCUCACGCUCACUAGUGAUGGUUGGAUGCCUUUCUUAAACGAUAACAAUAAAAAUACGGGGACUAGGUCUGGUCAUAAUGAAUUUGCCCUAGAUCAUAAUGGAAAUAACCAAGAUCUUGCUAAUAAUGAGAAGUUUGCGGAAAUGCGCAAUGACAAUACUAAAAGUGCUGCUGAUUUCAAAAGCCAAAAAUUACACCAAAAUUAUUUUCCUAUUCAUAUUGCCGUCGGUGGAAAAAAGAUUUGCCGCUGCUUAGCACAAUAGUUUUAGAAGCAUAUUGCUAGCAACGCAACAAAUCAUUGACUUUGCUUAAAGGGAGUGUUCGCGAAAAAUGAAAGGGGGUAUAGGUUGACGUCGCAUUGAAUUUUUACUUCUUUCUGUUAAGUCUUUAAGGAGAAAAGGCUUAAAAACGAUUCAUAACCAAAGAACGUCGGACCCAUACAUAUUCACGGAGAUGCAUUAUUCCACUCUUGGGUAUAAGACGUUUUUAACCAUUUUCUUCUUCUAGGCGCAACUUAUGAAAUUAAAACUAGUAGCGAUCAAUAACGAAUUUAAUUCGAUAUCAGCAUAUACCCCUUUCAUUUUUCGCGAACACUCCCUUUUAAGACGGACCCAAAUUCGAUAUUUCUAUUAUUUAUGAAUUGUGCCUGUCUUAAAAUAUUUUUCGUUAGUAUUUAUAUACUUUUGUUAUAUUUGGUUUUGUAAAGUAGAUUAAAAAAAUAAAACAUUAAAAAGA